UGUUAUUUUUUAAUAAUAACGGUUAGGCAGCCGUUUAAAAAAAUCGCCAUUUUUUUUUAAUAAUAUUUCACAUUAAACCGACCUUCAUCUCUUACCAAUAUACAGACUCGAAUUACGGACACCCUGUACAUGUUGUAGGUUUCUUAACUUUAAACGGCACACUCCGUAUAUAAUACAGCAGCAUUCGUUAAAAAAAUAAUUUUCAUUGAUAUAUACAUAGAUAUCCUCUUGACCUUUUUAAAUACAUUUAAAGCGGCACAAUUUAUAACCGCUUUUCUGUUAAUAAUUAAGCCAUUCGCGUUAAAGAGGUCAAGAUCCAUAAAAAACAAAUUUAAAACAUUCUAUACCGAGAAACACUAACAAAGAAAAAUAAAUCAUAAUUAAAAUAUGUGACGGGAAGGCCAGCAAGUGAAAAGUUAAGUGAUGUCUUCUUUUGGCGAUGGCCUCAUUUGUGAGCCCAGGGGUAGAAGGAGAAAGUAUAGAAUAAAUCGGAUAAGCAAAAGUAUGGAUGAUGGUAAUAGUAGGCAAUGGAUGGUUUUGUUGUCAGUAACUAGGUUGGAAGAUAUAUCAGAAAACGAAGCUUCAUCACCAUCGCCCUUGGCUGGUUCGGGUCCUGGAGGCCAUAAAUCAUCUUUCAAGAGCACCAAUAAGCUCGCUAGACGAGCCAGAUCCUUCAAGGACGAUUUUUUCGGUAAAAUCUCACAAAUGAGAAGUCCUGUCGGAGGUGUCGGCAUCCAAGGGGUGACCUUGCGGUCUCAAAGCCCCAAAGGAUGUCCGAAAACGGCCGAUACGGGACAAAGAUUUAUUCACAGCAAGAGGCCAGAGCAAGAACUCGAAGAUCUUGGAAAGCAGAUUCAAGUCGCUCUUAAACAUUUUAGGGACGUGGUGUCUAAACAAAAACUAGAAAUGCUUCCCGGAAACGGUACAAUAGUAUUGGACACGGUGUGGCUGAUCAACCUAGCAGUAAAAUCUUCCAGUGAAACUACAAGUACUAUAAAGUCGGCAACACUACGUAUGUAUCAAAGCGUUGCUAGGUUAAUCAAGCUUUGUGAUGACGUACUUAUUGAUGAUAAGAGUUCAGAGUUAGACAAGGAAAAUGUUAAUGAAAUUGUUCAACAAGUCGAAGAUGCUGUUAAGGAUUUAAUCACAUUAGUGCUUGACAAAGUUUCACACCAACAUGUGUCGUGUAAAACAACUCCAAGAUCAUCAUAUUGCAAUAGUUUAGAAAUGCCAGCGCAACGAAAUUCACUUCCAGACAUUCCUCUUACUCCCAGAGAAAGGGAGCAACUAGAACAAAACGCCAUAGCUAAAAACAAAGUACGAAGUAGCCAUAGCACUGAAUCUAUUCUAAGGGAAACUAGUCCUCCUCCAAAACCUCCCUUGCCAGAAAAUCUUUGUAGAUCGGAGUCAAGUAAUUUUACGACACCCCCGCCACUCCCGCCAAAAAAGAAACACCUAAAAAUGCAGCAAAUGAUAGAUGAAUGUAUGUAUGUCGAUCAUUCUCCUUCAUCUAACAGUUUUGAAAGGAUUUCUCUAAGAUCCAAAUCUCCAGAUGAUUCAAUAUCAAUAUUAUCAGAAAGUGCAGGAAGUAUAGAUUCUAUGUUAAAUCAUUCCUCGAGAGAAGAGGACGAAAUCAAGAGUAUAAUGGAUCGCGAUGAUAUGUUUUUCGAAAACCACACGUCAGAUAUUUUCGGUACGAAUGGUUCAACUUCUUGGGAAGAGUCUUCUUUAAGUUCUAGUCUAUCUAAUCAUAACGGCGAUCCUUUAACGUCUGUCAACGAUUAUCAUCGACUGUCUAAUACAGAUUCCGGUAUUGUAUCCAUUAGAUCUUCGAGUUACUCGCGGAGUUCUCAAAUGAGUUCAAAUAGCUUACAGUUCAUGCAAGUUUCCAAAUUAGGCACUUCCCAGAGUAAAACCAUCAAAGCUGAAAGCUCGGUUCAAAAAAGUACUAGAAUUCAAGAAAAACAGGUGAAAAGUACGAGGCAAACUGUAAGUAGUAAUUCGGUGCUAACAGUAAGCAACAGCAUCGGUCAAGAUAUUGUGGACUUUGCUGAUACUGAUUUACCGCCGGCGCUACCUCAAAAGACUAAGAAAAAGACUGAAAGACAUCCAUCACCUUAUGAUAACGUGCCAGAUGACAAACUUGGUGAAUUGGUCGUAACUUGCGAAAGGCAUCAGUCCCAUCAAAGUUUGUCUAGCAGUACAAGUAUUACUAGUAAUUGGGAUCAAGACGCUAAACCACCACCCUUGCCACCAAAAAAGAAACACAUUAUGGCCUACAUGGAGAUGUUUGGUAACUGUUCUCACACGAAUGAUCAAGAAUUUAUGAGACAUUCGGUACAUAUGGUGCAGUAUACUCAACCUGUAAAUUCUGGCUUACCCACAACCCAAUCAUGUACUUUUAGUCAUUCACAUUCAACUAGUCGUGCGUCUCAAGGUCAUAUACAGACGCUUAGUUUACCUCCAAGAUCUGAUGACAGGUCUCCGUCUCCCCAACAUUCGCCAAACUCACUUAUUUCCUCCUCCAACUUAAACACUGCCUCCUUACCACCGGCUUUACCUCCAAAACAACGUCGGCGUCAUUCCACGCGAUCGCCACCUCCUACCCCUACUUCUCUAUCGAUUUCGGAAUCCAAAACGCCGUCUUCAGCGAGUAAGGUCUUACCUGAUCUUCUGGAACACACAACAAAGAGCGAGAAAUCUUCUGAGAGCAGUACGCCGUCUUGUGAAGAUGAUUUGAUGGAGAUGCUUAACGUUGAUCAGUAUUUGAUUUGGAAAAAAUCUGAAGAAGAUGGACCUGAUAUCAGAGGAGGGCCUAUUGAUGCGUUAAUUAUUCAGGCAACAAAAGCUACCAAGAACGGAGUUUUUAUGUAUCAAGAAGCUUUCUUGACGACUUAUCGAACGUUCAUAUCACCCAACGAUCUAAUUACCAAACUUAUUAGGAGAUACAAUCAUUUUUACUACCAACAAGAUAAAAAACCAAGAUCUAGAGAAGCUUUUGCUUUGAUUGUUCGAGUAGUUAGCGACCUCACGACCUUAGAUCUAGAUGAAGAACUUCAACAAAAACUUAUGAGCUUCGUACAGCAACUGAUCUCGUGCGGUGAACUGACUCUGGCCAAGGCUCUAAGGGUUAAACACCUGCAACGACACGAGGCCAAGCAACAGUCCAUGAAAUACACCAACAUUGUCACCUCGCUCUCUUUACACAACAGAAAUUUCACGUUGUUGGAUUUUAAGUCGGAACAGAUCGCCGAGCAGAUGACGUUAUUGGAUGCUGAGCUUUUUAUGAAAAUUGAGAUACCUGAAGUACUGAUUUGGGCGCAAGAGCAAAAUGAGGAGAGAAGUCCAAACUUAACGAGGUUCACAGAGCAUUUUAAUAAGAUGUCUUAUUGGGCUCGAACAAAAAUUCUCACUGCAGAAGGCAAAGACGCUAGAGAAAAAUACUUCGCGAAGUUCAUCAAAAUCAUGAAGCAUUUAAGAAAAAUCAACAAUUUCAAUUCGUACCUAGCCCUGUUAUCGGCUCUAGAUUCUGCCCCAGUAAGAAGGCUGGAAUGGCAAAAACAAGUUCAGGAAGGUCUUAAGGAAUAUUGUGCUCUGAUUGACAGCUCAUCAAGUUUUAGAGCAUAUAGGAUGGCCCUAGCAGAAACCCAACCCCCUUGUAUACCUUACAUUGGUUUGGUUCUGCAAGAUUUAACAUUCGUUCAUAUUGGAAAUAGUAAUUUGUUACCAGAUUCGUCUAUAAACUUUUCCAAAAGGUGGCAGCAGUUUAACAUCGUGGAAAACAUGAAGAAAUUUAAAAAAGCGACGUACACAUUUAAAAAACAAGAAAAAAUCAUCUCGUUUUUUCAAAAUUUUGAUGAUUUCAUUGGAGAGGAUGCAAUGUGGAAAUUAUCCGAAACCAUAAAACCCCGUGGUAAAAAAACACAUCACUGAAAUCAAGACUAAAAAACAAUGCGUAACGAUUUUUUCUCAAAAAAACUUCCUUUUACAAAAAAAUUAAUAAAUGUUAGACAAUGAAUUGGGCAUCGAAAUUGAACACUAUUUAUUUUAAUAUCUGAUUAUUUUUCAAAACAAUCUGGAGAUUGUUACGUUUAAGUUUAAUUUCAAGUAAUUCAAUUUGAAAUGUCACCGACUUUUUGUCAUAAGACUGAUUGUUCUUAGUAUAAUUUCAGGAAUAAAUAAUUUGAAAUGUAAAAAGAUUACAAUAUGCAAACUCUGCAUUUUUUACAGUUCAAAGUAUAAAAAAUUCGCGAAAUAGAUUUAAUGGUAAAUUCUAGUUUUGAUGUCGAUGAUAGACGUUUGGUAGACGUUUAGAAUUAAAAAUAAAUUUCAACUACAACAGUUUUCAUCACGUCUCGUCUUUUUGAGCCUUAGAUGUCCGUUUUUUGUUAAGGAGUAGUAAUCUUUUCGUAUUUUAUGAACAUCACCUACAUUAAUCUAUUAUUGUCUUAACUUACUACUAUAGGCAUUUUUUUAUUUGGCUUAUCAUUCUUUCGUUUUUAAUUACAGGAACAAAAAGAUUCUAAAUGUGUACCAAUAACAGUUAACUCUUUAGAAGGCCUAAUUAAAAUGUAAGUUAAUCUCAUUAACUAAAAGUAAUAAUGUAGACUGCUCCUAAUGUAAUAUAUAAAUAUAUUUAGUUGCCAUAUUUUUUAGAAGGAUUUGCCACUGUCCAAUUUUUAGCCAAAGAUUCAAAUCGCUAGAUUUUAAAUGCUACAAAAACUCCAGUAUUUUGGAACAUAUUUUAAAAUAUUUAAUUCUUUUUAAAAAAGGGUAUUAGGAAAAAAUUAACGUACAUUUAGCACUUCUUUUAAAAUGCUUUAAGCAUAAAAUAAUAGGUAAAUUUUUAAGAUAACCUGUCUAUUUGACAGUUAUUGUGAGUUUUAGUGAAUCAUAUUUGAAAAAAAAAUAGAAGUCUAAUGUAUAUGUUACAAUCUGUAGGUAUUUAAAUGGCCUAAAGUAUUCUAGAAGAGCAAAAGACCACAACAUGUUUCAUUAUGCAUGCUUUGGUAACAAUGGAUUUUUAAUAGUGUGUUGGUUAAAAUAAAAGUAAAUAAAUUUUAGUAAUUUGGGGAUUGCACUUCUGAUAUCAUGAGUCAUGAUCACGGUGGAUGACAGUAUAACAUGUGCGUAAUUAUAAACAAUUCCCCCAGAUGUCAUUAGUUUAUAGUGAACUCUUUGGCUAUUAAACAGAUAGAUGUUUCGUAUUUCAAUAUCAAAAAAUAGUUUACAUUGAAAAAUUAUGUAAAUAAUUCAUUUACAUGGAAAAAUUAAUAUUAAUUGGGAAUUUAAAUUAACAAAAACUUUUUUAGUGUGUACUUGACAUCCUUCAGAAAUAAUUAAUUGUAAUAUUUUAGAAAGUUUUGUUUCAUAAAUAUUAUUAAAAGUAGGAACGUUACUAAAAUAUUUCUGGAAUAUAUAUGCAUAUUAAAUGUGAUAUUACACUGAUAAUAUAUUUUUAUUAGACUAUAAAAAGACAUUUAAAAAUAUACAAGUUUAUAUAAAUUACACAAAACAGAAACAUUAAUUCUUAAACAAAUAAAUAAAUAAUUUUUAUUAUUUCAUAAAAUAUAAAGGCAAAUUUCCACCAAUUCCUUCAAAUGCACUAACUUGAAACAAAUUAUGAGUACUUAAAAAAAGGAUUUUAAACAAAUUAUUUGAAUAAUUAGUAGUUUAAUGAAUAUUGCUUUAAAUUAGCUAUACCUAAUAAAAGAAAAUACUUAUACCUAAACAAUACAUGCUUACGUGCUUUUCUAUCAGAGCUGUAGAACUAAUAAAUAAGUCUAGGGGAGGCAUAACAAAUGAAGGAGAUAAAGUAAAUUAACCUAAUAUAACCUUACAAGCUUCAUAUGUCUGUAGAAAAGUUACCUCAAUUUCUAAAGACAUAUUCUGAUUCCCAUACAACAGCACAACGCACAAACAAAAAAAGCAAAUGGCAAAAACCGACAACAAACGCAAACUUCCAAUUACAUAACCUAUCUUCCUCUUACAUAUAAGUCUUGACCUUUUACAUCAUAGCCCGUUUUGUAACCUUUUGUUUAUCAUUUAUAACUUAUUUCAGAAACAUUUUCAUUGAAAUAUUUAACUAAAAUAUUUCAGAAACUUGUUUGGAACGUUUGAAGUAUUUCUGAAACACUUCUGAAAUAAUGUGUGCUGCAUGUAUUAAAUAGAUUUGUCUUGAUUUUGGUUGAAAAAGCUAGGAAAAAUCAGGGUUGUCAUUGUAAUUCGUAGCCUGUAUGUGGUCUAUUGUCACAAUUCACAGGCAGAAUGAUCGCUGAACCCCAUAACAGAGCCACAAUCUAGAAUGUAAAUUUUGUUUUUUGAACCAAUAAAAUAUGAAAUUAUACUAACUUUUUAAAACCUGUUUAUGUUUGGAGAGUUCAGCUGAGCAGCACUCACCACUUCGUCUGUGCACUCACUGGCCAUACCUACUGAAACAUUAAAUUUUAUGUUGGCACAUUAUAAUGUUAAAAACUAAAAUUUCAAAAAUCUAUUUUAAUUCCACUCUUCAAUUAUUUUCACUUUUUAUUUUGUUUAUUACAUGAGUAUAAAUUAACUAAAUUUUUCUAACUGUUAACCGUCAUUAUGUGUUUGCAUUUGAUCCAAUAUACGACUUUUCGCAUAUUUUUUAGAAUUAUGCAUAGGCUAGGGAAAUUUUUCAGAAAGUUGAAACAUUAGAGUAGUUGGAUAUCCUUCUUCGUUUACCUAUAACAACUGUUAUCCACCGUGGUCAUUAAUUUAGUAAGUAUUGUCAAUUCAAUUAUUCCUGACCUGUAUAGUUCCAGGUACUUUGACCUCAUAAACACAUCUAACCUAUUCCUUAAAAAAAUAUACAAAUAUUUCUUAUUAGUAAUAACAGUAACAUUAUUUAAAACUGUAAGGACAAUAAUAUAUUAAAGAGAAAGUAGAAAAUUGCAAAGUUAAAACUGUGAAAUUUAGAGAUUUGUAGAUAAAUUUCAUAUCUAACUGAUUUCAAAAGGUUUAGUUUUAGAGUAGUUGAUUUAGCAAAAAUAUGAUGAUUGAAAGCUUUCUCGGAGUUUCAGUUAAUUCUGUCGAUAUGGCUAGUGCUAAUAUUUUUUUGAAUCGAGUAAUGAUACAAAAAACAAUUAGUGGAACUAGAUAGUUCCGGGACAUAUUUUCUGGAACUAGUUCCUUCAAAAAACGGAAGAGUUCGGUCUUUGGAGUAAGUAGCCUUAAAGUACCUAUGUUACUAUCGAGAAACAUUUCAUUUCGAAGAAGUCUAUCAUUAGGAAAAUAAACAAAUUGUCUUUCUAUAUAUCUGAGUUUCGUGGAUUCGUUAGAUUGGGAAAACUACCAAAUUUGUGAGAUUCUAGAUGAAGAAACUAGUAAAGAAUAUUUUCUAAAUGACAAUUUGUUUUUGGUUAUUCCAAGUCAGUAUGGUAAAAUAGGGGUCCGAAUUUGGUUCUUAACCUAUUGUCAGUGGACAUUUCUAUCUAAAUAUGUACAUUAAGACUUAUUUGCCACUUGAGGCGACUUCUGACAAAUAACGUAUAUUUAAUAGAUACAAACCAACAUUUUCGACCAAUAAUUCUAAUACGUUAACAUCUAUAAGCUAAAUCAUGUUGUUGUCUUUUGUUCGAUAUUCUAUUUGCAAGCAUUUAAAUUUACAAAAUUUAGAUUCCACGCAAUAAAGUUUACACAUAUUUAAAUUAUCUACGGUUUAAAUAUUUUUUUAGCAUUUUACUGUUUUACGAGUGGUCCAAAUCAAUAGUAGAAACUGGUUCUCCAAAUAUUGUAAAUUUAAAUGUUAAAGAUAAGUAUUAAACCAGUGUUAGGUAAUGUAAUUUCGGCUAAAAUAUCAGUUUUUAUUCAGUAGUAGUUAGAUAUAGAUUAAUUUGAUUCUCGAUUGUAAAAAUUAAGAGUUUAAGUGAACUUUAAACCUUGAUAAAAGUGGUAUAUAAUUGAUAUACCUACAUAGGAUUUGUUUCAACAACCAUCACAAAAAAAAUGAGCGUCUGGAUUCUGCACAGUAGAUUGUUAUUUGCUAUAAAGCUAGCGCUACAUUAGGAAGGAGUUCAGCCGCCGAAAAUGAACUGCUGAUCUUUUGGUGAUAAAUUCAAUUGCCCGUAAAAAAAAUAGAAAAAUAAAUUUGUAUCUGCACCAGACGUUCUGCUGCUGAAGAUCGGUGGCUCAACUUCUGCCUAAUAAAGGCGCACAAUUCUGAGCCGGUGUUGGAACAAACCCUUUUGAUGACGCAGAAAAUGAUAACCAAACCCUUAUAUUUUCGACUUCAGCUUGAAUUUUGGGUUCUGACUAAAAUUUAAAAUUUCACCUUUGUACAUAAUAUAUUCUAAUAAUUAAAGAAUAAUAAUUGAUAGUUUAGACAAAAUUCGAGGUUUUUAACAGAUUAUAGAGUGUAGAACUAUUAUUUAUUAGAUAAUAUGGUGGAAGAACAAAUAUGGUACAUAUUGUCGUUCUUUAUAAAGAAAUCCGAAUCGCACAAUAGCUAUACAUAACCUAUAAGUCAAUUACUCAAAGUUGUUUUAUUCUUAUGAAAAAUGUUAUAAUCAGCCGUUAGUUUACUUUGAAUAAUAUGCUUCAAAAGUUUCUUUUCCAUUAGACUUUGAUAUUUAUCAAAUUUGAUAUCACACAAAUCGACUACUGUAGACACAGAGCCAUCGUGCUUUUCAAAGUCAAACAGGAAAAGACAGGCGCGUUUUUUGUAAAAGUUUUUGUGAGAUAUGUGUAAAUGUUAUUUUCGAUUAUUUAUCCUCUAAACUAAGUAUUAAAUGUGUGACAGAAAAGUUAUUUAAAUACAUAUCAGACAACCUAAAAUCACUUCAUAAUACUUAGUUCCCUGCUGAUUAUAAAUAAAUAAAUAAAUGGAUUUUUAAUUUUAAUAUCAAUGUAUGUAUCUAAUUUAUCUGGUACCUACUGUUUAAAUAUAAUUUUUGUUUUUUACAUAAACUGCAAAUUUAAAGGAUCAUUGAAAAUAACAAAAAUAAUCGAAGCUUCAACUACUUUAAAAAUAUUGUUGUAGUAGUUAAUGAAGUCCAGUUCACGAUUCAACUGUAUAAUACAGUAAUAUUAAACAAAUGAAUUGUUUAUGUCUAAUUUUCCUCUCAUCUAUACAAAAUUGUAAAUGAGUCAGAAAAACAUAAAUUGAAUUGUGUGACUUGCGCACAUUCUAUUUAACUAACUAAAUCUGUUUUAGGGUGCCUGUAAUUUAACCUUAUUUAAACAGUCAUUAAUUCUGAUUAUUUUCUGAGAAAAUUUGCACAUUUCUGUAAUAUCUGUGAUGUUAUUUUAGUUUUUACUAUUUAUUCGAUGCAUUUUGUAUAUAUCAAAUUAUAAUUUUUAUUACUUUUACAUCAAUUUGUUAAUACAGUGUGAAAUUAUUUAUACAAAACACUUAAGUUUUUUAAUAUGUAAUGUGCCAUUUAUGCUAAAACUACAUCUUUCCAUUUAACAGAGUUAUCAAUAAAAUGUUAAAUGUCAGCUGUCAACUGCCAUAUGUCAGCUGUCAACUCCCGGUGAGAAUCCAAUUCUUAAAUUUCAUUACCAAUUUUAGUAGUAAUUUUAUGAUUUCCGAAAUAUUUUAUAGUAUUAAUUUCUUAUAAAUGCGCAUGAAAGUAUUAUUUAUGUAUUUGAUGAUUUGUACAUAUUUCUGUAUAUUUAUUUGUAUAUUAUUUUUGUUUUUUUCUCAAACAUUUAUGCUUUUUACCAUAAUAUAUUAAAUAUUUGUUAGUGUGAUACCCUAUUCCUAAGUACCUAAAUACAGUGUGUGAUAA